AUGUCCAACGAGAAACCACUUCCGGCAAGUCCGCCUCGAACGAAGCCGCCUUCGCGACGCAACACGCAGGAAAAAUCGGCACAAGAGCCAACACUACAGUCCAAGCUUGCCCAGAACUAUGGCUUCAGCGAGCAGGAUCAACCUACUCAUCCUCCACGACGUGUUAAUUCACAACGAUCUCUGCAUCAUGUGCACUCUCUAGCUUCGAUGCGCUCGUCGCAGCACACUCGUACUGACAAGGAGACACUCCCACUCCCAUCUGUAGCAACAACUACACAAGCUCCUGCUUCAACCAUCACAAACGACGACAUCGAGCGAGGUCACGAAGAAACACCCUUUGACGAGGAACCACCCUGGGGACCCUCGCACCCUUGCUUUCCACACCUCAACCCACACGUUCCACUACACUCUCCUGUCUACACUUCGACCCGUAUCAUUCGCAUUCGCCGUGAUUGGAUGAUCGUUGGUGACCUCGCGCCGACAUUUAGCAAUAUCUACCCUGAGAUUCUCGAUCCUCUCCUUCCUGAACAAGAAUUCCGCUACAUUGUCCAGCACAUCAAUACCACACUCAUCCACGCUUACAAUCCAUUCGGUGUUGGGAAUUGGAUUGAUGGUUGGUUUUGGGAGGACCUAAGGCCUGGGGGGAUCAAGGGCAGAUUGAAAAAAUUAGAAGCCUGGAUGGAGGAUUGGAAUCGCACGGUGGGAAGUGUGGAUGCAGUCAAGCUGAUCAGCCUGCGGAGAACAGGCUAUCUAUGCUUGGAUAUCCAAAUUCCAGAUCCACAGGUCAGGGUGAUCUCUUCUGAGGCGGAAGAGAGGGAAAGAGAGAGGACUCCCACAAGCAGUGUUGCUGCUACUUCCAGAAAGUCGGUCAAGUGA